AUGGGGGAUUCGAAUGGAACAGAAGCGCAGGGAGGUUCCCUACCUUCGGGAACGAUCGCGAAAUUGACUCGUGAUAUCCUCAAUGAAACAUUCUACAACAUCAUUUAUGAUAUUGUUGCCCAAGUUCAUCACGAUGAGAAGGUCGCUCGCAUGCGCUCGGCAGUCGUUGCUGCCCGGCAAAAAGCCGAAGAAGAAGCAGUCCGGCGUCGCGAGGAAACAGGUAAUAAAGCAGCCGGCGCUUCAAAGCCUGGGGAGGCGGAAUCCGAGGACCUCAAGGGCAUCCAUGCGGAAACGGAUGCCGCCGUAUUCGACGACGGAAAAGUGUUCCUCAAGGGCAAUCCUCUCCAUACCACCAAAGAGAUUAUCUGUCCCGAUUGCCGGUUGCCGCGUCUACUAUACCCAGUGACUGGGAUCGGCGCUCGUCAACCACCGGAUCCAUAUCGCGAAUACUGCCAGAAACAGCCCAUGAUCUCCAAGCCUGGGCACGAUGUUCAUGGGAACCCCUUCGCCACGGACAAGCUCAACCCCAAGAAGAAGAAACAGACGAAUACCGCCAACACUCCCGCUUCCAGCCCUCCAACCACCCCAGAUAGCUCCUUCAACAAAGCUGCCCCUGAGAAGGUGUCGUUCCCGACCGUGAAAUGCCCCAAUUGCCCGAGAUACUUUGUUGUGACUCGCGUGGCGCAACACUUGGAUCGCUGUCUGGGACUUUCAGGCCGUCCCAAUCGCAACAAGACUCCGAUGGAGAAUGGCAGCAGCACCUCAAGCACGGCACCUUCGAAGCGUCCGCUGGCUGACGAGGACGCCCCAUCGACGUUGCCGAAGAAGAAAAAGCUCAUGCAGAAAAAGCUUUCUGGAAAGAAACCCCCGUUGCCUCCAAGCAGUAAACUGAGGAAUGGCCUUACUCCUGACAUGGUCGCAGCUGCCGAUGCGGGUUCUGGUGACGGUGACAUCAAGAGUGAAGCCAAGGACUGA